AGCCGAAGAAAAUGGCGGCUUCACAGGCAGCAGCGUUGCUUGAUGAAUUAAUGGGACGAGAUAGAAACCUUGCCCCAACAGAAAAACGAGCAGAGUUACGAUGGGAUGAUCCUGAGGUAUGCAAGUAUUUUCUGUGUGCAUUCUGUCCCCAUGAGCUAUUUGUGAACACAAGGGCUGACUUAGGUCCAUGUUUGAAGCUCCAUGAUGAAAGUCUUCGUAAAGAGUAUGAAAAAAGCAGCAGAUUCCAGAAUGUUGGGUAUGAAGAGGAUUUCUUUAGAUUUUUGCAGAGCCUGAUUUCUGAUGUAGAGCGACGUAUACGAAGGGGGCAUCAGCGAUUGGCUUUGAAUAGCACGCAGGGAACACUUAAUGGGAAUUAUCCAAGUGCUAAAGAAGAUCGCAUUCAAAUGUUGACUGAAAAAAUCAACGAGCUGGUGAAACAGGCUGAAGAACUUGGAUGUGAAGGGAAGGUGGAGGAAGCUCAAGGAGUGAUGAAGCUAUGUGAUCAGCUAAAGGAUGAGAGGGAAGAGUUAGAAACAGCCAAACCAGGCUCAUCUAGCUCUGACAUAGAGAAGACAAUGGAAGUGUGUGGGGUGUGUGGAGCUUUGUUGGUCGUGGGGGAUGUACAACAGAGGAUUGAUGAACAUCUCAUGGGUAAACAGCACAUGGGAUAUGCCAGAAUACGCUCCUUUGUGGAAUCCAAGAAACUGGAAAAACAGAAAAGACAACAAGGAAUUGAUGAAGAGACUGAAGCAAGGUUGAACAAAGAACGUGAAGAAAGAGAAAAGGAAAGAGAGAAAGAGAGAGAGGAGCGCAAAAAGCGUGAAGAGGAGCGCGAGAAAGAAAGAGAAAAGGAGAAGGAGCGGAGACGAGAGAGAGAAAAGGAGAGAAGUAAGGACCGUGGACGAGAAAGGGAUCGACAUAGGAGCAGAUCACGAAGCAAAAGUAGACGAUCACGGAGUAGAGAAAGAAGACGAAGUGGCAGCAGAGAAAGGCGACGACGAUCCAGAAGCCGCAGUAGGAAUCGUCGCUCACGUAGCAGGGACGGGAAAAGGUCAAGUCGCAGGUCGGACAGUCGGUCCCGUCGCUCCAGAAGCCGGAGCAAAGGGAAGUCAAGUAAGCGCAAACAUCGAUCAAGGAGUAGAGAUCGUAGAUCCAAGAGCACAGAGCACAGGAAAGAUAGUAAGGAAAGAAGUAGGAGCAUGGACAAGAAACGAAGUACUAGUAAGGAUAGAGUUAAGGAUGAUGAGAAAACUGAUGAUAAUGUAAAGGAUGUGAUUAAGGAUAGAGAUGAUCGUAGUGUGAGCAAAGACAGAGAUCAGAAUACUGACAAGAAGAAAGAACCUAACAGUAGUGAGGAUAGAAAGAGGGAGGGUAGCAGUAGUAAGGAUAGGAAGAGGGAACGGAGCAGAAGUAAAGAUAGAAAAAGAGAUCGUAGUAAGAGCAGAGACAGAAGACGAGAUCGUAGCAGAAGUAGAGAUAGAAAACGGGAUCGCAGCAGAAGCAGAGACAGACGGCGAGAUCGCAGCAGAAGUCGGGAUAGAAGGAGAGACCGUAGCAGAAGUCGAGAGAGGAGGAGAGACCGUAGUAGAAGUAGGGACAGGAAACGUGAUCGCAGCAGGAGCAGGGAUAGAAAAAGAGAUAGAAGUGGAAGCAGGGAUAGAAAGAGAGACAGAAGUGGAAGCAGGGAUAAGAAAAGAGACAGGAGUGGAAGCAGGGAUAAGAGAAGAGACAGAAGUGGAAGCAGGGAUAAAAAAAGACCCAGGAGCAGAAGCAAGGAACGUAGCCAGAGCAAAGAAAGUCGUGGUGACAAAAAUCUUGAUAAAGAUGCUGCUCAGAAGGAUCUAGACACAAAAGGCACAAGUUCUGAAAACGGUGAGCCCCGGGUAGCAGUUACUGAUGGUGGGGACAGCAUACCAAAGUCUGUGACAGAGGCAGAUGAAGGCUCGGGGAAUCCUGUUGUUACUGGAGAAGGGGACCGUAGAAAGGAUGAUUGAGGUACCGUUGAGGGCUGACUAGAGACACUCAAAGGAUAUCUUCAGUCCUUGACAGUGGUGUCCCACUGGAGAUGCUUUCACUAUUAACAACCUUUCACGUUACCUACCUUCAAUCAUCUUAAUACACUAGUUCCAUUUUACAAGGUAUGUGUUAUGCCUAGACUGAAGUAAUGUUGUUAAUAAUGUUUUCAAUUUUUCCUUUUAUUCUGUUUUUUUUUUUGUCCCAGUUAACUAUAAAUUUUAUGUGCUUAAUGUAUUUUCCUUGUGCUGACAAAAUGUGAACCAGUGUAUAAGUUAACUUCAGCGAAAUGUCUGUUUGAUGUUAGAUCUUUUACAGCCAAGAAGCUUAGGUACGAAACAAUAUAUACUGUGGUAGUAAGGGUGAGAAUUAUUGCUCUUGUGCAUAUUUCUUUACUAAACCUUUAUUGUAAGACUACCUGUUAAGAUUGUGGGAAUAUUAAAAAAAAGCCUGUUCAUGUCUAAAUGCAUUCAACAUUUACAUGUACCUAAGUUUUUUGUUUUUGAUAUAUUGUAUCCCAGAUUGGUUGCCUUGAAGAUGAGUUCAUAUUUUACCCAGGUAUCAUCUUUCAAGUCAAUUUACAAUUGAGAAAAAAAUUGCUUCCUUUUUAAUGAGUCAAUAAAAUAGCCUUUCUAGUUGUAUUGUUGGUUUUGUGAUGCUGGCUGGUACUUAUGAGGACAUGGUUAAAUGAGACAUUUGCCAAACCUUUAAUUAGGGAAAUAAUGUUUCUUUCAACUACCUGAUGUGGAUGAUGUUAUUGUAUUAGUAAAAUCAAUAACAGGAGUUCAAUAGCUGCAACAUGGUGUGACAAAAUUGAAUCUGUUUAUAUUUAUUUGGCCAGGUAAUAAAGGGUUUCCAGGGUGUAUUUCAAACAACCUUUUUUUUUUGGAUAACAGUUAGAAAGGAGAGGGAAAAGUAAAUGGAUAUGGCUAUGUGUUGCAGGGUGUGUUAGUGGAUCUGUGCUCGCUUGAACGAAACCCUUUUAACGUUAUGAUCCUGUAACUACCUGAUCAGUGACACUACAAUCUCGUCAAAUUUGCGCAUACUUUAGCUAAAAUGAAUGCAGGUAUGUUAGGUAUUAUUAGACACAUAGGUUGAGAUAAAACUUUUGUGUUUUAAACCACUGCCAACCUUAUCAUCAAGACCCCAGAGACCUCAACAUUGUUCAAGAUUUUUGUACAAAAUUUGCUAGAGGUGGCAGUGAUGUAAAGGGGUUGGAACAUCACAUGCACCAUAAAGAGUAUACUUCUUGAACGCUCACAUCCUUUGCACGGUCAGGGGAUGUAACCUUAUUCUUACUUUUACACGGUAUUGUCACAUUUAAUACACAAACACUCUAAAACCAUGCAUUUUAGAUGGCCGUUAAGGCGGGGACAAUUUUUUCAAAAUUGUAGGAAUCCUGAUACUGUCGCUAGUGACACAUACUCCCAUUCAGACAACAGACGUGUUAAAAUUAAACAGAUUAUUUUUAUUUGAGUUCAUGACUAAAUUCUCGUUGAGGAUGAGGAUUUUUAGAUCUAGAGCUAACUCACCCUUAUUACAGCCCAAGAGAUUGCAGCAAAUGGGACAAAAACAAAGCUCAGGCCUAGGUAUACUUGGUGAGAAUAAAGGUGAAGCUGUACGUAUGUCUGGUCCAACAGCACAAGUUGAACUCUUUCAUCAGUUUCAGAAUUUAAGACAAGUGGAUUGAGCAUUUCCUUUUCUAAAUGCGAAAACUUAACCUCAGACGAUCAUAUAGGCCUAUUGGGCAUUGUUUCAGGCACAUGCAUUGACAUGACUACUCAUAUAACCCCAGAGCAAGAUUUUGGGAAGGUCUGUCAACAACCUGCUGAUAGUCGUGGAUUUCCUCCAGGCUCUGCCCAGUUUCCUUCCACCAGAAUGCUGGCCGCCAUCGUAUAAGUGAAAUAUUCUUGAGUACGGCGAAAAAAAACAAUCAAAUAAAUAAAUAAAUAAAUCAAAAGUGCAAUCUGCAGUGAAAUUGAUGACACCAAACUGCUUUAAUAAGGCAUCUGUUGACCUCAAAGACGCCUACUAAGCACCUAUAUAGGCCUGUAUCACCAAACCAUCAAAAUACCUCCAGUUCGCACUAUUCCGAGGAUAAAACCUUAUAUAUUACAUAUACAGUUAUUUGAUUUUUUAUACAUUUUACCAGGAAAUCUUAUUAAACAAUUCAAUUUAUACUCAA